AUGCCAUCUAAAAAAUUCAGUCCUCCUCCCGAUGACGCUGCCGUGGAGUCGCAGGCGCAGAUCCAUCCACUGAUACGAAAUGCGUUGCGCCUUUCCCUGAGCGCAAAGGAAUACAAGUUCCUACACGAACGCAUCCUCAAGCGCUCCGGAUCGAUUGAGCAGCGCCUGCCCACGCCAUUCAGAUAUGAAACGAUUGUGCGAACGACGACAAAUAAUAAAUACAAUGUAGCUGCGGUGCGGGCGUCGUUGCGGAUGUUUUUGGCGGUUAGUGGUGGGUUGUCGUUGAGUGAAGUUGUUAUGGCGAGGGUUAGGAAGGAUGGAUCGAGUGCUAAAAAACCACGCGAAUCUUUUCUUUGCUCUCCCAAAUUCCGACUCGCAUUAUCACUCUCACUGGCCCUUCUGGCCCAUCGCAUUCUGUACCGGUUCUUCGUCCGACUACGCGCAAAUCUUCGAACAGACGAUGCCAAGCCGUUUAGGGAUCGCAAUCCUCGUUUCUCCUGGGCCUUGACGUCGAGAUAUGCGCCUGCUGUGGGUGCUAGUCUGGCUGGUGUCGCUCUGGGUAUUUGUCCCCAAAGCCGUAUUCGCGUUACGCUGGCGAUAUAUACGGCUACUCGCAGUUUGGAGUUUCUCUAUAAUGCUCUCAAUGAGAAGGGGUAUUUGGAGCAUAAGCCUUGGUGGUUUGGCAGCUGGCUGCUGAUGCCGAUUUCUUGUGCGCAAUUGUUUCAUGCGUUUGUGUUUGAUCGUGAAACUAUACCCAAGUGGAUGGGCGACUUGCUCCUUAGGUUCUCGUCUAGCUAUAUUGCAGAUCGACCUGCACAUUUCCCGGCGCAUCUGGACUGGCCGAGUCAGCAUGAACUAGUUGAUUCUCUCGGCUCAAUUGCCAGUCUUAAAUGGCCGACGUUUAUGUCGCCAAUUCUUCAUCCUAAUAAUCCUAAACCUCUCCCAAAACAAAUUCAGUCAAUUUCACCAUUGACAUCUCCGGCUCAUCCCAACAUUGCCUCGCUGUCAUGUGCUUUGCUUCACCCAAGCACACCAAGCUGCAACACCGCUUUUGUGCACCAAAUCCUACACUCUGUUCCUCGAUUAGCGCGGACCAUCACUCUUGCAGUCCUUGCUAUUUCAGCAGCCAGCUACAAGAAAUCACUCUCAAACCCCACCGGUUCAAUAAACACAAUCUCGAAGCGAAUCCUCAGCCUGACAGCCAUACUGUCCGCCUCAACAGGCUCAUUCUGGGGAAGUAUAUGCUUGCUGAAUAGUCUCCUCCCUCGCUCAGCCCUGUCAACACAACGAUUCUUCAUCAGCGGCGCCGCGGGCGGACUGCCCUUUGCCUUUUUCAAGCAAGGCCGAAGCUUGUUUACAUAUAUCUUCCGAUCAGCUAUCUAUUCCGCGUGGGCAACGGGCGUGAAACGACGAUACUGGCGCGAGUCGAAAUCAGGCGAACUGGCGCUCAUAGUCGUGUCGUGGGCACUACUCGGGGCGGUGCUGGAAUGGUCGCCUGAAGCUGUGCAGGGCGCUGGGUUCCGUAAGGGGCUGGCGUGGCUACGUGGUGAUGGCCUCGUAGAUCCCUGCGAGGUUGCUACGAAGAGGAAGAGAAGGGCAACUGUGACGGCGACGCAGGGUGAUGCUAAUGAUGCUGCUCUAUAA